AUGUGGGACCGUACUUCUAUACUGUUAUUAAUAGUACUGCUAGCGAAUCCAGUACUUCCGAGACGUGCGUCCAGCGGCGGUGGUUUUUCAUCGAGAGGCGGCGGCUGCCCGCCCGCAGGUUUCCGUAGCUUUCACAUUCGCUUUUUUUUGUUUUUGCCAACUAACCACGGCUUGCUUUUCACAGGACGUGCUAACAGUGGAAGUGUCGCCCGAGGUGGUGGAAUAGCUUCCACCUCUGGAAGAAGCGGUGGGCAGCCCGGAGGCGGUGCUGGCGGUUUCCAUCCACAGCCGAAUCAAGGCGGAUUCCACCCGAAUCAAGGUGGAUUCCAUCCGCAACCAAAUCAAGGUGGUUUCCAUCCCCAAGGUGGAUUCCACCCUAACCAAGGCGGGUUCCAUCCCAACCAAGGAGGAUUCCGCCCUGGAAGUGGUGUCGGUUCACCGGCUAGCAGUGGAGUGUUCAAAAAAGCUCUCAUCGGAGGAGCUCUUGGAGCGGUUGGAGGGCUGGUGGCCUUUGAAGCCGGCAAGGCGAUCAUUCAAUCGGCAACUACACCGUUCAAUCAUGGCGGUCACAACACUAACUGGAUAAUACCUACCAAACAAAGCUAA